AUCAGCAAAGUGUCUUGGCAUCACUUCUCGUCCUUCCUCCGGUGUCCAUUCCGGCGUCAUGUGAAGGGGGCUUACGGUGGUUUCUCUCGCCCUACACCGGACCCUCUUCCGUCGAUCUCAUUCGUCAGUGCCGAGGUCCUCGCCCUGGUGGACCAUCUGGGGGUAGUGUCCCUGUCUCCGCUGAUCCCGGUUUAUCCAGCACUCUGUGGCGUGCGGCGGAGCCGAGGAUGAGCGAGCAAGGGAAGGGCUCGGCAUCCGCCUCUGCCGCGGCCCCGGCACCAGGGUCGGAUACUUACAAAGGCUGGCUUUUUAAAUGGACCAACUAUCUGAAAGGCUACCAGCGGCGGUGGUUUGUCCUCAGCAAUGGCCUGCUGUCAUAUUACAGAUCGGUGGAUUUGUGUUUUAUGAGGAUUUGUGCGCAGGGGACCGACAGGACACAGGCAGAGAUGGCCCACACGUGCCGAGGAACUAUAAACCUUGCAACUGCACACAUCGACACAGAGGACGCCUGCAAUAUUGUGCUGAGCAGCGGCGGCCGCACUUACCAUCUGAAGGCCAGCACAGAAGUGGAGAGGCAGAGAUGGGUCACGGCACUGGAGUUGGCCAAAGCUAAAGCCAUCCGCAUGAUGAACGAUCAGUCUGAUGACUCAGGGGACGAGGAGCCCACGUCCCAGUCAGACCGCAGCGAGAUCCAGGGCACCCUGAAGAUACUUAUCAGCAAGCUCGAUGACCUCAGCACGUGUAAUGACCUGAUCGCCAAGCACGGGGCGGCCCUGCAGCGCUCCCUGAGUGAACUCGAAGGCCUGAAAGUCCCUGUGGAGGGAGGAGAAAAAAUCAAGGCAGUCAACGAGCGAGCCACCCUCUUCCGCAUCACUUCCAAUGCUAUGAUCAAUGCGUGUCGAGACUUUUUGGACCUAGCCGAGACUCACAGUAGGAGAUGGCAGCGGGCUCUGCAGUAUGAGCGAGAGCAGCGUACCCAUCUAGAGGAGACCAUUGAGCAGCUAGCCAAGCAGCAUAACAGCCUGGAGCGAGCGUGGAGGGAAGCACCCACGCUUGUUUCCAGCGCACCCAGUGCCCCUACCACCAACAAGGGGAGUGAGAGGUCGCGGAAAGAGGAGGCAAGUGAUGAAGAUGAGGAUACUGAGUACUUUGAUGCCAUGGAGGAUUCCCCUGCGUUUAUCACAGUGACUGCCAGUGAGAGCACGCAGCACAGGCGAUCUCAGAGUAAUUUGAGCGGAGCGAGCGGAGGCCAGCCCGGUGACUGGAACCAGGACGACCAUAUGUCUCCAAGCUGUAACGAUGUGUCAGGAAAGGAGCUUCAGCCGCGCAGACAGAGGCGGAGUCAUAUCCCAGACAAACCCAACUACUCCCUCAAUUUGUGGAGCAUCAUGAAGAACUGCAUCGGCAAGGAGCUUUCUAAAAUCCCCAUGCCUGUAAACUUUAAUGAGCCUCUGUCGAUGCUGCAGCGCCUCACCGAGGACCUGGAGUAUCACGAGCUUCUAGACAAGGCAGCCCGCUGUGACUCCUCACUAGAACAGAUGUGCCUGGUCGCUGCCUUCUCUGUCUCUUCCUACUCAACCACGGUCCACCGGACAGCCAAGCCCUUCAACCCCCUCCUGGGCGAAACGUACGAGCUUGAUCGCUUGGAGGAAUUUGGCUACCGCUCGCUGUGUGAGCAGGUGAGCCAUCACCCACCUGCAGCUGCACAUCAUGUGAUUUCCCAAAGAGGCUGGACCUUAUGGCAGGAAAUCACCAUCGCCAGCAAGUUCCGUGGCAAAUACCUCUCCAUAAUGCCUCUGGGUGCCAUUCACCUGCAGUUCCACGCCAGCGGGAACCACUAUGUAUGGAGAAAAGUCACCUCCACAGUGCACAACAUCAUUGUGGGCAAGCUGUGGAUUGACCAGUCGGGAGACAUUGAGAUUGUGAAUCACAGGACCAAGGAGACCUGCCAGCUCAAGUUCUCUCCCUACAGUUAUUUCUCCAGGGAUGUUCCACGCAAGGUGACAGGUGUGGUGGCAGACAGCGGGGGCCAGGCUCACUACAUCCUCUCUGGUACGUGGGAUGAGAAAAUGGAAAGCGCCAAGAUUGUCCAGAGCAGCCGAGGAGGCAGCGGGUCAGAGGGCAAGCAGAAGAUGGUCUACCAGACUCUGUCCCCCAAACUGCUGUGGAAGAAAUACCCGCUCCCGGAGAACGCUGAGAACAUGUACCAUUUCUCAGCUCUGGCACUAACCUUAAAUGAGCUGGAGGAUGGAGUGGCAACGACCGACAGCCGUCUGAGACCAGACCAGAGGCUGAUGGAGGACGGGCGAUGGGAUGAAGCAAACUCCGAAAAACAGAGGCUAGAGGAGAAACAAAGAGCAGUGAGAAGGAGGAGGGAAGCAGAGGCCUCAGACGCUCUGGAUGAAGAGUGUGAUUAUGACUCUGGUAGAGAAUAUGAAGGCUACCAGCCAUUGUGGUUUUACCAGAGGAGGGACUCAGUUACUGGAGAGACAAGCUUUGUGUACAAGGGGGGUUACUGGGAGGCAAAGGAGAGACAGGACUGGAGCCUGUGUCCUGACAUCUUCUAACCCAGGAACCUCCUCUGGGAUCACACCUAACCUCAUGAGACAGUGAACCGCUCCACCUCUGGUCCUUAAGCAGUGGAGCGAACGAGCACCAUGUGGACCUUUUUUUUCUUUUUUUUGUGUAAACAUGAGAAUGUGUAUGUUUCGCACACUCUCAGAUUACACUGUACCUCCAAAUGUACACUCUAUGGGCGUUCCCUGAGUAGUCCUUUUUGACACUAUACUCAAACAGCAGUGAGAUCACGUGUGGAUGCGAGAUAACAGAGUUGUAACACCACACAGUAAAGCUAACCCGCUCAGUCCUGAUGCUCUGGUGCGCCGGAAAUGCUACACACACUGCACUUUUCUGUGUUCACUCCACUACAGAGUUUCCCAAAUUGGAUAGAAACCCACAUCAAAGCUGCUCAUGAUUAUAAACUGAUUAAAAAGAAUAAAGAGGGACAUAAAAACAGAACACACAACAGUAUUUCAGUAUUUGUAAGAAAAAUGUCUUCACCCUCAGUUUUAUUCAGUACAACAGAGAUUAAUCUGGGCCUACUUUAUUAAUCAGCCCCCUCAUUUUCUUUAUGGUAAACAUUUUAAGUGCUCAUUAUUUGCCUCUUUUGAUAUGUUAAAGCCGGGCUUAGAGCAACCACCGGUCACAGGGAAAACGUGUGUUUAUUUCCCAACCGGCUGACGAGUGAUUGCUGACAGUUGCUGUGAGAUCGACUGCUAAAACUCCAUUUACAGGCCUAGAGACCAGUCGGUCACCUCUCCUCCAGGAACCACCGGUCACUAAGGAAGCGUGUAUAUUACGAGAUCGGUUGGCAAGUGGUUGCAGGAAGUUGCAGACGCUUGCAUGAAAUUGGUUCAUGCAAGAGGUUUUCGGUGCUGCAUUGAAAACCUCUUUGUGCCAAACUAUGUCCGUGACUGAGGUAUAGAAAGUAAUGGAUGAAGACUCUGAAAUAGUCACAGCUUUGAUUGCAUGUGUUAUAAACUAUGGAGAGUCAACGUGUUCAGUAAAUAUCAAAGAAAAGCAUAAUUAAAUACAGAGAAAUGAAUGUACGAAUAAUCACAUAAUUAACUACAGAAAAUGUAUCUAAUACAACCAUAAAGUGAGAAAAAGAAUCAGACUAACCUCUGUGUGUCGGCUUAUAGGUUUUACUUUAUUCAGUGUUAAAUAUUUUAUUUAUAAAUAGUUGGGGGGGUUUUUUUCAUCAAGAAGUCUGAGGACAAGUGGGGCAGAGCCCAUGUGAUUGAUUUGUGAUAUAACGGGCUCUAUAAGUCAGAAUUAGCUGACAGACUCUGUGUUGUUAUGGAAGAAGAUGUUAUUCUGGGGGAAAAAGUUAAAAAAAAUUUAAAAAGGUUUGGUUAAAGUGGUUUUUGUCUUAAAAGCUGCUAGAAUGAAAUAAAACCAGAUAUUAGGUUUUAUGAUGUAUUAUCUUUUUUUUUUUCUAAAUUCAUGUGUGUUUUAAAUUUUUAUGGUUCUGUUAUACAUUUUCUGUAUUGGUUCGUCAGACGGAUUCAUUCUAAAUAUAUUUGUAUUUCAUUUUCAACACAUUGAGUCUCCAUAAUCUACAGCUGUUUGAUUGAUCCACUAGAGAUUGGUUUAUCUCAACUAAUGAAAUAUGCAUCAAGGCAGUAAUCCUUUUUCCAUUUGGACUGGAUAAUAAGUUUUCCCUUUAGGGACGUGCAAUUAGUCUCUUCAUGUUAGUUAUAUUAGAAAUAUGAGCUGUCUCUAUGCUUCAUUGGAUCUCAAUCAUCUUAACAUUUUCCAUUUGUGACUCUGAUUAGGAAAAAUUAUAUAGUAGUAGUUUGAUUAUAACACAUUAGUGCAACUGCAGUGGUGACAUUAAAACACUUGUAUCACUGUCACGGGAAUCUCCAUCAAAGACCUGAAUAAGCACUUUUCACUGUGGUUGACUAGAGGUUAGUACAUAUCUGUGUUGAUGUUGAGAAAAUCUCACUCUGUACAUGAACACUAUCUUGUCCUCUGGUGCUCUCCCGUGGCAACACUUACCAUAUCAUCAGUGAUCGUUUUAACUAGCAUCAUCUUCAGUGAUCGUACAAAGUAUUAAGUCUGCGCCUGAUCACUGAGGCGUUCACAAGUAAACAUUAUUCCGGGAACACACCGGUUUCUUCUCACUAGUUCCACAGCAUCCAUCCCUCACUAGUUUGUAGUCCAGAUGUUUCCAGUGGGGUUACUGAAUUUGACACUGGAGCGGGUACUCCAAGGAACCCAGAGUGGCUUCAGUUGAUAGGAGGUCAAAGGUUAUAGAAGCAGACAGGGCUGGUUCCUGUAGCGCUCCUCUUUGCAGUCAGCUGUAGCCACAGAGGACAAGCCCGAGCGGCCACUCCAGGCUCUCUGCAGCUCAUUUGCCAUUUGUGGACUUGCUGAUCUGGGAUCAGCUCACAGAGGUACACUGAGUCUUUUGCCUUUAACUGACUGAAUAAGGGAACGAGUCCCCUGACCUGUGCACUACAAGUCUACAGUGACAAGAGUUUUGAAGAAAAAAAAAAAAAAAACAGUCGAUAUUUUUUUGUAAUUAUUGUUAGGAAUGUAGAAUUCAUGGCUAGAGGUAUUGUAUCUACCAUCCAGCCUAUUUGUGUGAAUAUUUUGUGAUAAAACGAUGAUAUUGUAAAAGAAGAAUUAUACUAAUGUGAGUAUUGAGUUCUCUGUACAGCAGAGGUUAAGGAGGGGGUAGAGGGGGGACUAAAUGAGCCUGAGGAUAGACACUAACUCAGAGGUGCCCUCAAUUUGGCCAAAAACUGUGUUAACACACUGAAAAUAAAGGUUUUUUUAUAUAGUUCUUAAUACUAACAUGUUGUUAGCUGUGGUUCGGUUAUUCAGUUAUUUCCUCUGAUGUGCGGGUCAUGCAAAUGUAAAACACACACACACACACACACACUGGAAAGGAAAUCCCUUCACACAAGUAAGGAAUGCUAGGAUUUAGCCGAUAGAGUGAAUUUUAAGUGUGAUAAUAUGAGCUCUUAAUGUUUACCUGUCUGAUUCUUUAGCAGUGAACUAAUGAUAGUGGAGAAGUGAAUACUGUCACUUUUACUCAUUUACACAAAAGGUUUUCUUACAGUUUUGAGUUGUGGUUGUCAUGAGCAUGGUCACUUGUUAAAAGGAAUAAUUUAGUGUUUGGAAAUUCAUUUUGUUUUGAAAUUUGCUGGAGUUGGAUGAGAAGAUGAAGCCUUCUCUUGUUGUAAAUAUGAAGCUACAGACGGCAGUUUAGCUUAGCUGUACUCAAAAAAAAAAACUGGAAACGGGGUAGCUCGGCUCUGACCACCCAUCAGCCCCUCUAAAUUUCACCUCCAUCUUUGCUGGAAGUUUGCCGCUUUGGUGCCAGGAAGAAGUCUUGCACAUAACUAAAGAUGGAAGUUAAACCUGAUGUACCCAAAAUUUGGUACCAAAAACUGUCUUGAAAAAUGAAACAAAUAAGAUUCACGUUAGUUUAUCAGAUCUCCAGCUGCUGGUAGCUUAUAUCCUGUUUCCAGUCCUCUUAAUCCUAAAAAGUGACUGCUGCCUGUAGCCUUACAAUGUGUCGUAUUGGAGAGAAGGAGGCACAUAAGCACAUUUCCCAAAGUGUUGAGCCUUUUCUUUAUAUUUUCUUUCUGCUAUCCUUCUUUUCUAUUUCAUAAAUGUGUAUCGAAGACUUGUCAUUGUACAUCGGAGCGAUUUGAACAUGACGAAAAUGUGGAGGUUCCCUGCAGAUUUACUUUAAUAAAUUGUGUUUGAGAUUAUUUUAUAUUUGAGAAUGCAUAUUAUAUUUUGAAUGAUAAUGGAGAGCUCAUCUUAGGUUUAAAUCAAUAUAUUUCCAAACAAAAAGAUGACCUCAGUACUUGAUGUUGACUUGCCUACUGAAGUUGUCCCUUUUAAGGGCCUGUACAGUAUCGGACAGCUGUAGCAAUAAAACGGUGGAGGUGUAGAUUUGUUAGUUUGUGGCUGUUGUUCGUUCAAAGACUGGUUGUCUGCCUCGUUUAGAAAGGGAAAAAACACAACCAAAGUGUAAGAGAAGAGUGUGUUGUAGACUAAAUAAUCCUCUUCAUCUGCCUUCCUGAUCUCAGAGGGUUCAAAUGUAAACCCUCCCCGUCGCUGUUUAUCUCAUCUCAUCUGAACCUGAUGCUUAAUUCACUACGAUGUGAUUCUUGGCUUUAAUUUUCUUGCUUUUAUUUUCUGAUCUGAUUUCUUCCUUCUCAAUGGGUGCCAUUAUUCCUACAUUGGUGUUUUCAUACUAUUUGUGUGCAUAGCGAGUUUGAUUUGUGUGCACGUGCAGCAUUACAUAUCCUGCUUUUCAGUGCUGCUCAGUUUUGAGGCAGAAAUAGGUUGAUGCUGAUGAUGACGACGAAGAUGGGGAGAUUUUUCUUGCCUUGUCUAAACUAAACCUUGCUUCUUAUUCGACAGUGACUCGCAGCUUUGUGGUGAGAUUAUGGUGAUAUUAACAAUCCAUACGAUUGGUAGAAAUUAUGAGAUGUUUCACAAUAGCGACCUGGCACACGAUUGAGGUGACUGACCUGCCUUGAUAACUCUUACUCCCAGAUACACAAAGGUGUAUUCAGGUGUUACUGCGUAUUCAGCUGAGGUUUUUCUUUUUUCCUCCCCCUUUUUUAAAAAAUAAAAUUGUGUAUUUUCUCCCUUAAUUUAUACUCGUAUAACACUGUCUUUAAACAGCAAAGACAAAACGGUGAAAAAAGAAGAUAAUAAAGUUGUUAUUGUUGACACUG